AUGGCAACCCCUACCAGAAUCCCAAGACAUCCGGCCAACAACACGUUCUGCUCUCACAAGUCUCUACCCGUCCCCUUCCAAACGCGACUACUCAAAGAUGCGUCAACGCCCGAGCAGCUCCAGUCACUUCUGCCCGCUUCGUACCGGACCGGGCCCGACGGCGCAGACCUCGCUCCGCCGGGACUGGACAACUUGGCGUUCCUCGAAGCAGAGUUAGGGCAAGGCCGGCUGGCGAAACUUAGCGCACGGCUAUGGAUGGCGGGCCGGCCCAUACCGCCCCGCGCGUUACACUACCAGCGGCUGCUCGGCCGGGAGAUCGUCGUCGCGGAGCAGAUGGACCUCCAUCUGGUCUGGGCGAGCGGCCGCAUCCACGUCAAGCCCUUGCCUCCGUUCCUGCUCGAACCUACUUUUUGGAGCGACCACCUGUCUUGCCGCGGAGGCUAUGGCUGUUCCCGCUCUACGGAUCCUCUCUGCCGCCACCGCAUGCUCUGGAAGUGUUCCCUGGGCUUUCUGUUCUCGUACGCUGGGCUGAUCUGCCACCAGAGCGAUUUCUUUAUUGCGAAGGAGAUGCAUCUGAUACCGGAGGCUGUUGAGUGGUCGGACUGGAGGCUGUUUGUUUCGCAACUCGGUACGGAGCAUAUCUAUAACGACAUCGACAGACGUUUCAUUUACGGAGAACUACGUCUGAGCCGGCUCAACAAACUGCAGUAUUUGGAGUCUGGUCUCGCCUUCCGUGGCUACAUGCCGCACUGGAACCGAUACGGAGACUUCUUCCAUGACCACUUCGCAUGGCUAGCCUCGGCGACUGUGUACAUAGCGAUCGUGCUGACGGCCAUGCAAGUGGGCUUGGCUACUACGUCUCUUGCUGAAAACGAUGCCUUCCAGUCGGCAUCAUACGGCUUCACCAUAUUCUCCAUCGUGCGGCCUGUCUUCGCCACAGUUCUCAUCCUCUUAUUAUUCUGUUGCAUCUUCCUAUCGAAAUGA